GUUGUCAUCAGAAUGCGUGAUCAUUGAAGUUGGCCAACUUCCCGACGUCGAUUUGCUGUGACUGCAAACUAGUUGUCUACAAGUUUCAAAUGGCUGGGCAACGGCAUUAAAGUCAUCCAAAAUGAAGGGAUAGAUAUCUAGCCAAGUUAUUUAGAAAAUGGAGUCGAUAGACAAAUGGAAUAAAGACUUUAUUGCACUUAGGCUGCUGGAUAAGAAACUGAAUUCCAAAAGGAACGGCCGGACAGGCAAACAUCUUCAAAAUACUUUCAAGAUCCAUGGUGGUUUACAGUCAGCCAUAACACGAUCAGAAUGUGCUACUGGCUCCUGUCCAAACCUCCUCAUGAGCAGGCAGGAACAGCCAGAGCAGCGGCAGGUCGCCAUGGCGCUCUCCCCCCAGCUGCCUCCCCGUGCCAACCGGCCGCUUUGCCUCUCCGUCUCCUCUGACAGCAGCGUCUCCCUCAAGGCCCUGGAGACGCAGGAGUGGAAGAACAACUUCAAAGCCCAGAUGGAGCAGGCCCACAGUGCAGGAGCUGCCAGCAGUACUGGCUCCCUGGAGAGGGCGUCGUUGUUCUGUGCGUCAGGGUCCACCACAGCCUCCAGUUCGGGCCUCUCCAGUCCCGUGGAGCCACUCUCCCUCUCCAAGAACAAGUCCUCCAGCGCCUUCUCUCGUUUCUCUCCCCCCUGGAACAGCAGCUCAGAAUCGGACUCCAACCCUCCCUCUCGCUCCAGUUCCAAGAAAUGGCGCAACCGCAGCCGAAGGGGCAGAGCUGGGGGCGGGGCCGGGGUGGGAGUGGGCGGUGCUGGGGGCAGAGGGGAAGAGGCCACAGAACCCAAGCAGGGCGGCACGGAGCAGUUCCAGCACUCUGAGCCGGUCAUCUCCAAGGUGACGGACUACAUCUACGUGGGGAACGUCAACGCGGCCUACAGUGGCCGCACGCUGUGCCGGAACAACAUCGACAGCGUGGUGGACAUGAGCAGCCUUCCGGGGGAGAGCAGCCUCUGCCUGGUCCCCUGCACCUGCUCCCGCCGGGCGCGGCACACCUGGUCCCGCCUGAAGGUGGACCUCGGGGACCGAGACCCCGCCCUGGAGCGGUGCAGCUUCGAGGACAUCAACGAGUGCAUCACGGCGUCCGCCGAGAAGAGGCGGCGUGUCCUGGUGCACUGCCGCGACGGCUACUCCCUCGCCCCGACCUGCGUCAUCCAGUACCUCAUGGUCCGGCACAACAUGAGGCUCGUCGCCGCCUACGAGCUGCUCAGGGCCCGGCACCCCGUCAACAUCACCGAGAGCCACCAGAACCUGCUGAUCGGGCUGGAGAAAGCCCUGUGGCCUGCUGCCAGCGUGGACCCAGAGAGCUGCAAACAGGCCAUCUCCCGCAGAGUGGCCUGGACCUGACUGGCUCAGUGUUUAGUGUUAUAGUGCAGAUCGGUGAUCCAAAAGGGACUCUUUUAUGGUCUAAUGGCCCCCUACCCUUCAGCAUAGCAGGAGAACUGCAGGAAACUGAAGUGGGGGUGCACUCCUCAGAUGCACUCAUCUGCAAGCCAACUAUUAUUCUUCUCUCUAAAGACCACAUAGUCCCUGUUUUUAGAUUUAAUGUUUGAUAAACUGGAGUCAUCCAAAAUCAUCUGCUGAAUGCUUUACUUGCACAAUAGCAUACAUGUUUAACUAGCAGUCAGCUGGUCUGAUGGUGUUUGUAAUCAAGUUUGGCUUUUGUGGCAUUGACAGACUAUCGCUCUUCAAAGCAGCUCUUCUAGAACAUUGCUGGUUGGCCUUUUGAGAUUUCAUCAUUGUAGACAUUGAUAAGGUGAUACAUAACAAUAAAAUGUCCUCUAUGAGCAUAAGGUACAUUAGGACUGUCGUACGGAUGAGUUAUCACCUGUUUCUUUAACCACAGGGUUUAAAGGCAUACUAUGCAGGAUUUUUAACCUUACUGUGGUCCUGUGUUUACAAUUAUAGAUUCCUCAGUCCUCAACCCUGCCCACUCACCUCCAUUUUUAUAUUUUAUAUCCAUAUUUAUUUUUAUAUCUUCACUUUUUCGAUAGCUAUCGCCAUCAAGGAGAAGCAAUUUCAUGGUUUACUCAUUCUUGAACGGGCCCUGUUGCCUUGCCGUUUCACUUCACAGUACUUGUGCUUCAUCCCCUCCACCAUUGCAGUAACUAGCUACAAACGCUCAGCUGAAACCUGAUGCCACCCCACCGGCUCUGUAGCCACACCUACCCCUCCCCACACAGAAAAGAGCUUCACACCCAGAAAGGACCCAAAAACAUUUGACGAGAAGAAAUACAGGUAGAGAAGCACUGGUCCGGCAAAUGUGUGGAGAGCCUGAGAGAGAGUGCCAGGGCAUCAUAGAUAUGGCUGAUUGUGGUUAUUUUAUAUUUUAUAGCAUAGUGCAUAGUAUGCCUUUAGGUUGAGAACUGACAUCCAAUUUAGUUCAUCUGCACAAGUCUAGGUAGAAUACUGGAAAAAUGGGCUGUGAGCUGUAUUAAGUUCCCCAGUUCACAUGUACAGAAUUUGUGUCUGAGGUUGUAUACGCAUAUGAAAUUAGGGGUUGUGUAUGGUAUAUUAAAGGGGUGAGGGGUGGUCAAAAUUCAUAUAUUUGUUGUACAAACCAACCAGCUAUUCAAACCUCAUUUUUUUCUUUACAAAUGGAACAUUCACAUCACAAGCCACACUGACAUAUUCUAGAAUAAAAAAGAGGACCGGAGAGCAUG